CACGUCACAGCUCCCAAUAAACGAACAUUGAUACAUUGAGAGCCUGUGUGCUAAGGCGGCUCGCGCAGGGAUAUUAUUGCAGCACUUGCGAAUUGCGGUCCGUAGCUGGGCCGAAAUAGAAGCCAACGAUGGCUGCUUGGACAUUAGGUAUCAUCGUUGGGUCUUUAAUACUGGCCCUGCUUUCUUCUGUCCAUGGUAUUUCGUCCCAGGACGUACUCGCGGCAACCAGACGUAGAGGUAGUGACUUUGUGUGGACCUUCGGUCUAAGAGAUCUACCAAAUAACACAACCAAAACCUCUGGCCUGUGCACAAAAAGGCCCCGUAGUAGUGGCCAUGGAUUUGAAGAAGAUAUCGCCUACAGAUUCGACAGCAAAUAUAUUGCCAUUUCGACUCAAGAACUCUUUCCAAGGAAGUUUCCCACGGAAUAUGUGAUAAUGGCGACGUUCAGAGCGGAACGUGACAACGCUGGCAGUCUUUUUUCUAUCUUAACCUCUGAUAGACAACUGUCGCUGGCGUUUACACUGAAUCCUGUUGGCUUGAAAUACCUGAAGCCCGACGGCAACAUAGGUGAUGUAACAUUCCCUACCAGUCUUUCAGACGGACAAUGGCAUCGAAUUGCAAUUAGUGUAGGAGACAGGGCAAUUGUCAUGGUGGCCGACUGUCAAGAACAGGUCCGCCGUGAGUUUGUGCUGGCAAAACCGAAAGAUUUUCCAAAACUAAUAAAUACUACAGGUAUUACAGUACUUGGUAGUGACUUCAACGACGGCUCGUACUUCAGAGGCGUUCUUCAUGAUCUCAGAAUAGUAGAAGACGCGAAGAAAAUGGGACUUUAUUGUUUGGAGUUUAUUCCCGAUUGUGACCGACCCCUCCCUAGUGUGGUUCCCUUCAAGAGCAGAAGAACACGUCAAGCUGGYGGCAUUCCCGAGAGACCAGGCACUGUUACCAUUGGCAACACAAAAUAUAUUCCAGGAGAACCAGGUGAUCCAGGUCCUCCAGGCGAACCAGGAGAUCCUGGUAGGCGAGGUUUGAAAGGUUUUGCUGGAGAGAAAGGCUCCUUAGGACCACCGGGAGCACCUGGACCGCCAGGUCCACAAGGACCACAAGGSAAAAGGGGCCCUGGAGGACCAUCAAUCAAAGUCGUAUGGCCUGGGGAAACCAAAGGACCRGGAGCGCGACCUCCAGCAUCUUCUCAAAUGGUCAUUCCACCCGCACUUCCUGGUGAUCAAGGCCCACGCGGUCGUCGUGGCCCGAACGGGUCCCCGGGCCAGCCGGGAGGUCCUGGAGAGAAGGGUUCUCAGGGUGACCCUGGUGUGAUGGGACCACCAGGACCACUGGGCAUGAGAGGAACAAGAGGACUUGCUGGAAAAAGGGGACCGCCCGGACCUGAUGGACCAAGAGGACCACCUGGAGCCUUGGGACCAAAGGGUGAUAGAGGCUUAGACGGUAUUCCUGGUCUUCCUGGUCAUAAAGGUCCACGGGGUAUCCUAGGGCCUCGUGGUGACUCUGGWGAUAAGGGAGAACCUGGUGCUAGAGGAGAAAGAGGAGAACCAGGAGGCUCUGGAGUACCAGGAGAAAGAGGACCCCAAGGCGAGGCAGGUCCUAAGGGACCACCUGGACCACGUGGUCUUUUGGGUUCUCCAGGUGAACGGGGACCACCAGGACCAUCCGGUCCAACGGGUCCUGUUGGUGCUCCUGGUAUUCAAGGUAUUCAAGGCAUGAGAGGACCACCGGGUCCAACAGGUAUUCCAGGUCCCGCCGGAGCCAGUGGACCAAAGGGUGAGCCUGGCAAGAUCGGCAUGCCUGGAUUCCCUGGUUCGGAUGGCCUACCAGGCUACCCUGGAAUCGAAGGGCCACCUGGACCAAAAGGCAACCGAGGACCACCCGGACCAAGAGGACCACAGGGAUACCAAGGACCUCCGGAGAACAAGGCGUUUCUGGUAUGACUGGUUAUCCUGGACAGGCGGGAGCAAAGGGAGCCCAAGGACCACCUGGAAGUAGAGGACGCGAUGGUCCUAAAGGAUCACGGGGAGAAGCAGGAAAGAUUGGCCCACGUGGACCUCGUGGAAGACGUGGUCCAAGAGGAGAGCGAGGAAGUCCCGGUACGCCUGGUGCUGCAGGCAACAAGGGUGCCGCUGGUGAGCCCGGUGUAUCAGGAGAUCGUGGUCCAAUGGGACCACCUGGACCACAGGGAGACCGCGGAGCACCUGGUCCAGCGGGGAUGAUGGGUCUUCCUGGACGCCCUGGUCUACCUGGAUUCCCUGGACCACGUGGUGAGACGGGACCUCAAGGCAAAUCAGGUCCAGUCGGUAACCCAGGAAUGCCAGGACCWCGUGGACCUCCUGGAAGCAGCGGACCUCAAGGACCAAAAGGUGAUCUUGGUCGUGCGGGUGAGCCUGGAGAACCUGGAAUGGCAGGGGAUGCUGGAAAAGACGGCAAAAAGGGUGAGCCUGGUAAAGCAGGUGUUCCUGGAAAAGACGGAUUACCGGGACCUGCCGGAAAGACCGGACCAAAGGGAGCCAGAGGAUUGCCGGGCCCAAUGGGACCAAAGGGCGUUGAAGGACCUAACGGUGCACCUGGUCAAGCCGGACCGAUUGGACCACGCGGUGAGCCUGGAYUACCAGGACCUCAAGGACCUAAUGGAAGACCUGGUCCYACAGGAGCCAAUGGGAGCCCUGGAGAGAAGGGUAGCAAGGGUGAGGAGGGACCACGUGGUGAUCCAGGUCCAGCAGGAAAACCGGGAGGACCGGGUAAACCAGGACCUGAAGGACCACAGGGUCCAUCUGGAGAUGACGGUGAGAAGGGUGCAGCAGGUCCAGCCGGACCAUCAGGCAAAAAAGGAGACCGCGGACCAAAGGGACCACCAGGACCACCCGGUCCCGUCGGAAAUCCCGGUAAAUCUGGACCGCAGGGACCUCCUGGCGAACAAGGUGUGCAAGGGCCGGUUGGACCACGUGGAGAAAAGGGCCCUGAUGGUGGACGAGGACCCCCUGGUCCCCAGGGACAACCUGGUGUACCUGGAGUUCCUGGUCCACGUGGACAGAAAGGAGAACGAGGYGCAUCCGGACCAUCGGGGAAGAUUGGACCACCUGGUGCACGAGGAGCCAGRGGACCAGCUGGACCAAAGGGAGAUCAAGGUGAAGUUGGCGAUCCCGGUGCUAAUGGAAGAGUCGGUGAUAAGGGUGACCGUGGACCAAAAGGUGAUUCCGGAGCCCCUGGCGUUGCUGGAACACCUGGUCGACCUGGUGAACCAGGACAGAAGGGAGGACGUGGAGAUCCUGGACCGCAGGGACCACAGGGACCCCGUGGMCCUCCUGGACCAUCUGGAGAUACUGGACCAAUUGGCCCACCRGGACCUCCUGGACCAACUGGACCCCAAGGCCCACAAGGAGCUAAGGGUAGUCGUGGCCAAGACGGAGAAGAUGGCGCACCUGGAAAACCCGGCCCACGCGGUGCACCAGGUCGCCGUGGAGAUGAUGGGCCCCCAGGACCGGCUGGCCAACCAGGUGAAGCCGGUCCAAAAGGAUAUGCCGGAAAAGAUGGAGAACCCGGAGACAGGGGUAACACUGGACCGCCAGGACCUCAAGGUCCUGUUGGACCCCCCGGAGCACAGGGACCUCGUGGACAACGCGGUUUACCUGGAGAGCAAGGUGUUCCGGGCGCUCCUGGUGAUGUAGGACCGCAAGGCAUUACUGGUCCUCCCGGAGCUGUUGGCGCAGUUGGCAGGAAAGGCGAUAAGGGUGAUAAAGGAAAUUCGGGAGAGAAAGGAGACAAGGGCUGGAAUGGAUUCCUCGGUCCCACAGGACCUUCUGGACCGCAGGGAGAGAAGGGAGAUCAAGGCCUCCCAGGUUUAAUCGGCCACCCUGGACCCAAGGGAGACAAGGGUGACGAUGGACCCGAUGGACCUGUCGGACCAGAUGGGCCUGCAGGACCAAGAGGAAGAGGUGGUGGUGCUGGAUCCAAAGGAGACAGAGGCGCAUUAGGACCAAGGGGAGAACCCGGGCCAGUGGGACCGCCUGGACCACCAGGACCACCUGGAGAUGUGAGUCACCUCAUUGCAGCGUAUAUGUCACCCAACACUGGAACAGACAAAGGAGAGACCAGACGAAAACGAUCUUUAGAUGAAUUUAGUGAUAUGCGAGAACCAUUGGACGAUGAGAUGUUGGACUCUAUCAAAGCUUUGCGGUCACGAAUCGAAGAGAUUCGCCGUCCACGGGGCGACUCACGGGGUAACCCCGCUCGAACUUGUAAAGAUCUCAAGUUGUGCAACCGAGCCAAAAAAGAUGAUCACUACUGGAUUGAUCCCAACAACGGCUGCACUGAGGACGCCAUUAAAGUCUUCUGUAACUUCACCUCUGGUGGAGAAACAUGUAUUUAUCCUGACAAUAGGACAAGAUCGGGAGAGCGUAAGAGCUGGAGGAAGGUCGACGGAGCAGAAUGGUUUAGCGAAUAUGAUGGUGGAUAUGAGAUCUCSUACAAAGACGUAGGCAAGACGCAACUCAAUUUCCUUCGUCUGUUAAGCGAAAAAGCUGUYCAGAAUUUCACCUAUUAUUGCAGUGGUUCUGUGGCAUGGUACGACAAUGUUGCCAAAUCGUACGAGAAGGCAAUUCGACUGCAAGGCGAUAACGACGAUGUGAUUGGAUAUACGAAGAACCGAUUUAGUAUCAAGGUUGUUCACGACGGAUGCCAGAACAAGGAAAAAGACGGCAAAGCUAUAUUCCAAAUUGUAACUGAAGAUCUUAACCAAAUGCCCAUUGUAGAUUUUGCUCCCGGAGAUUUGAAGGAAUCGUUAGAAUUCGGGUUUGAAGUAGGCCCAAUUUGUUUUAGUUAGUUAAACUCCAAAUAACACUAUUCAGUAUGAUAUGAACACUCAAAAACACCCAAAACCUUUUUCGUUGCUUUCGUUAUACUAUGCUAGUUAUCCCAGUAAAUUUCUUGUGAGGUGUAAUAAUAAACGGACUGUAUGAAAACUGUACAUUGGUCGUAUGUUCUUUAGACAAUUCAUUAUUGUUUAGCACCACUAUUUUCCCGCCUUUUUCAGUGUGCGCUCGCGCGCGCACGUUUUGGAUAAAGCGUCAGUUUUUGGCGGGAAUUUAGAAUGUAAGUUAUAUUCAUUCAGAGGCCUUGGUUUAGUAUUAUAAUAAAGAAUGAGUGUGAGUUUAGUGACUGCCUCAUUUAAUAGAUGUGAUCCAAGGCGUAUUUUCGUACAAUGUAUAAAUAAAUGGAUCAAAUUAGAUGA